UAUGGAAAAUACACUAUUAGCAUCAACUAAUCCUGCUUAUGGAGUUACUGGGGAAGGGUAUAAUGCUGAUGUAUCUGCUAAUUCUGCCUAUGGUAUUACUGAAAGUAAGAUAGACUAUUAUUAUCAAUCAAUACAACUAUUAAUAGAAUCUGGCUGUGUAUCUGCUAAUCCUGGUUAUGGUUUUAAUACUGGAGGAAUAGAAAGUAUCAAUGAAGAAUCAUUAGUGUAUGAUGAACCAAGAACAAUGUAUCAUGAACAAGAGCAUAUUCUGUCAAUAUUAGGUUACAAUAAGGCAAAAUGAAGCAUAUGGACAAAGCAACAAACUGCACCUUCUACAAUAACAUAAUCAUGUGUGUACUAUUAUUUUUAAUCAAAAUAAUGUAG